CAGACCCGCGCGAUCCCAAGCCUUUCUCAAAGACCGGAGUGCGAUGGGCACGCGACUAGAAACGAGCCGGCCGGAAGCCUCCCGCGGCAACUUCCGGACCUCAGACCCGGAAGCGGGCCCAAGUGCGUGGCCGCGACCGAGGCUCCGGGUUUGAAGCGGUGCCGGCGCAAGGGCGAGGGCAUCAUGGAGGCACCACUGUCGCCGCGCGAGUCGGCGAGGUUCGUGGCCGAGAACAGUCGCGACGUGCUCGUGGACCGCGAGGGCGUGCGCAGGGCGGCCGAACUGCUGCUGCCCGCGGCCGUGGCGUGGCGCGUGGAGCAGUGGAAGUCCCUGCACGAGCUCAACCCGCGCGGGGCCGACGAGGCUGCGCUCGACUGGGUGUUCGUGGUGGACUCGCUCAACUUCUCCUUCUGGGCCGAGCGGGAGGAUCGCAAGUGUGAGGUGCGCUACGGCGGCACAGCCUACACCGGCUACUGGGCCCUGUGCGCCGCUGUCAACCGCGCGCUCGACCAAGGAAUACCAGUAACUACCGCCUCCUACUAUGCCACAGUGACCCUGGAUCAGGUUCGGAAUAUAUUUCAUUCAGACACAGCUGUGCCCAUGCCUUUAAUAGAAGAGAGACAUCGAAUUCUCAAUGAAACUGGGAAGAUUCUGCUGGAGAAGUUUGGAGGCUCUUUUCUUAAUUGUGUCCGAAAAAGUGGAAGAAGUGCCCAAAACUUAAUGCACCUGAUUGUUGAGAACUUCCCUUCUUACAGAGACGAGGCCCAGUUUGAGGGGAAAAGGAUCUCCUUUUACAAACGAGCGCAGAUCCUCGUGGCGGACACGUGGAGUGUGCUGGAGGGAAAGGGAGAUGGCUGCUUCGAGGACAUCUCCAGCAUCACCAUGUUUGCUGAUUACCGGCUGCCGCAGAUCCUCGUGUACUUUGGAGCCUUGAAGUACUCUGAUGACUUACUGAAGAAGCUUCUCGAAGGAGAGAUGCUCUUAAAUGGAGAUAAACAGGAAGUGGAAAUUAGAGGUUGCUCGAUUUGGUGUGUUGAGCUGAUCCGGGACCGUCUUCUGGAGCUUCUUGAGAAAAGGGGUGAAAAACCUCCCGUUGAGAUCAACUCGAUUCUCCUGGACUAUCACCUGUGGGACUACGCCCGCGAGCACAGGGAAGACAUGAAGGGAAUCCCGUUUCAUCGCACACGCUGCAUAUACUACUGACCCCAAGUGCAGUGGGUCCAGGUGAAACACUUGAACUUUUAGAUCCUACAGUCACUUCACAAUUCUGAUUCACUAUAAAGAUAGAAAUUAUGCUGGCCACUGGUAGUGCACACCUUUAGCCCCAGCACUCAGGAGACAGGCAGGUAUAUCUCUGUAAGUCCAAGGAGAGCCUGGUCUACAGAGUGAGGGCAGCCAGGGCUACACAGAGGAAAAAAAGGAAAAAGGUGGGUAGAAGAUAGAAAUGACAGGAAUCGGCAAUUGACUGUCCAGUCACCAUUUUUUUCCUUGGCAUAGCAUUGUGUGUUCCCAUAAUCACACUGCAUAGCCUUCAGUGAUAAUGUCCAUGUCCUCAGUUGGUAGCUUUUCUCCACUGAUAAUCAUUUAGUCACUUUCUUCCUUUUCCUUUUGUUUUAAUGGUCCUAGGGAUUAAACCUAUGACCUUGUGCGUGCAAGGCAAGUGCUCUACCACUGAGACACACUCCCAGCUUAGUUAUUUUCUAUGUGCUACAAUAGUUUAACAUUAAAUAAAGGCAGUCUUUGGUGUAUGGACUAUUGCUUUUAUAAAAGUCAGCUGUGAAUGCUUGGUAUGAUGGCACAUAUCACCAUACAUAUUCUGGGUAUGUAAUCAGUACUCAGAAGAUGGAAGCUGGAGCGUCAUGAGUUCUAGGCCACCCUGGAUCACUCAGGGAGCAAAAGGAAAGGGAUGCUUCUCCAGUCCAGAGCAUUUGCUUCUCUCUUGAAGACGGCAUAAGUUUGGUUCCCAGCACGCAUGUUGGGCACUAACAGCUCCUGGAGAGUCAGUGUUCUCUGCUGGACUCUUCCCUCCCUCCUCCCUCUCUCUCUCUCUCUCUCUCUCUCUCUCUCUCACACACACACACACACACACACACACACACACACAUACACACACACACAAACGCACAUAAGUAAAAUAAGUCUUUUAAAAUAGGGCUAUGAAUGCAGUGCAAUUGGGGGAGUAUUUGCCUACCAUGACAAAGGCCCUGAAUUCAGUCUCCAGCACUGUAUAAAAUCAAGUAUGUGAUGUCACCUACCAGGAAUCCCAGCUCUGAGGUGACAGUCGGGAAGGUCAGAAAUUGACUAUCAUCAGCCUCAAACAAAUAGCCAAUCUAGAAUACUUACGACCUUGUAUUAUUUUUAAUACAGCAUUUUAAUUCAUUGAGAAUUUUUUACACUACUUUGAUCAUAUUUGCUCCCUAAUUCCUCCCAGAUUCACCCACACCUCACCAACCGCAAGGCCUGAUCUCAGAAAAAAUAAAAAAGAUCAAUCUUGGCAUUUUA